AUGGCUGUCGAGUGCAAGGUGCAAUCCGGGACUCUGACCUUUGGUGGGCCAACAGGAAAUCAAGAUAGUCAGUGGAAGUUUCUCGGCAAAUUUGGCUAUGCCAUCGGCACUGGGCGCUACGAGAUCAGGCUCAGGCUUCACAAUUCUCUAGACCAAGAUCAGGUUCUGCCACGGCCACACCUGGAGAUUUUCCUAGACGAGGACUGGCCACAACAUGGACGUAUCGCAGCUUGCCGCCGAGCUGAGGACGUUCCGGCCAGGAAGACGCACGGGAUGCUGUCACCUGGACAGUUUGGUAUUUGGGGACCCUGGGAGGUUGGAAUGCUGUACCAGACCGUGCGGUCUCACAUAUGGUAUUUUGCUUUGUCAGAUUGUCCCGAUGAGCUGUUGCUCAGCAUGCCGGGGAACAAAAAUUUUAGCUACACCGUGGACUACGAAAUCCGUUGGAGGCAAUUUGACGACUCUGAGUUAAGCAUGGAGAUGAGGUACAUGCCAAUGGCAACCGUCCUCGCUCUCCUGAUUCUGUCGGCAAUGGCUUGUUGGUUUGCAGCCAAGAGCCAAUCCCUUCGACGAACCGUAGGCAAGCUCCAUCCAGUUGUCCGCAGUUUGUUGCUGGCGAUGGGAUUGCAGUGGACGUCGCAGGCCUUGCACUUGCUUCAUCUACUCGACUAUCAGAAGGAUGGUCGUGGCCUCCAACUGGCUGAUGGCCUCGCUGAGGUGCUGUUCAUGCUGAGCCAGGUUGGAGCUGCGUCACUACUCAUUGCCAUUGCCCAGGGCUACAGUCUUGUACGGUCCAAGCUGGGAGAGGUGGAGUUACUGGUUCCAGUGGUUGUGGUUGUCACGGUGCUGCAUGUGGCUUUGGUGGCAAUAGGCAAGAUGCAGUCAGAGGACUACAAGUAUCAUGAGAAUGAAGGCCUUGUUGGCUGGAUUCUUUUGCUUGUACGCCUCAGCCUUUUUGUGUGGUUUCGGUCAGGAAUCCAUCAGCUACGGGCAACAGGUGGGAUGAAGCUGCAGAGCUUCCUUCAGAUGUUUGAGAUCGUCGGAUCCGCUUACUUUCUGGCCUUCCCGACCAUUUUCGUGUUAGUGCAGGUGCUGGCACCAUACCUUCAGCACCCUGUUUUGCAAACAACCUUGCUGGCAGUUCAAACCGCUUCAUGGCUUUGGCUUGCCGACCUAUUCCUGUCCAAAAGAGGUAGCUAUUUCGAGAUCUCCGAGCUCGGUGCUUCCAUGCUUCCGGGAGUGGGGUUUCACGGCUACUCUCACACAAAAGUGAUGUGA